AUGAGUCUGGCACCAGUUUAUCCACUCCGAAAGGAUGAAAAUCUUGGUUGGCACUAUGGCGGUUUCGAACCGGUGAUGGAAACGUUGGUAACAUCCGCGGUCAUGUUGUUGCGAUUAUGCAGUUUGAGUAUGAUGCUUACCACAAUUACCGUACAUAUGCUACAAUCGGUCGAAGCGGAAUUCCUUCCAAACGAAAGGAGAGUAGUGCAGGAUCCAUUCGAAUUCGAUCUCUACGAUGAGCCGGCUAGUGUUUCCGAUGAAGCAUUCAAUCGCAUGGCGACCUUAUGUGCUCGACUACAGAAGAGAGCUCCGUACGCAAGUCGUGACAGAAAAGCAGCCCCGUUGGUGUUUCGUCUGUGCGACAUGCUAAACUGA